GUUACAGAUGAGCUGCUGUGGAGUAGACAGUUACAGGGAUUUGUCUUUGGCAACUAAUUGGGGAAAAACAUACAAGGAUAAAAGUAUCCCUUUGACUGGUAAAAUCAUUGGCCUACAUACACCGCUGGUGUGCUGUAAGAAGACCGAGAGGGACAAACUAGGGAGCGGUGCUGCCGCGUCUACAGUAGGAGUAUGUGCUACAAACCCUGCUACAACAACAAGUAACUUCGAAAACGGUUGUUACGACGCCGUGUGGGACGAGAUAGACAAAUCUAAAACAGCAGUGAUCUUAAUUCUGUCGGCCAUCAUCGCCUUUCAGGCUGUGAUGAUAUUUUUCUCGCUGUGGCUUGCGCGUGCUAUCAGGAAAGAAAACCAGGUUGGACCAGUCGGAUAGCGUGGUUGGUGGACCAAUCACUAUCAACCAAGCGGAUAACCAGUAUAGUGGACCAAUCAGACACUAGAGAUGAAAUAUCAAUCAUCUUGCAUAAAUCAUUGACUUUUAUAUAGAUGUGAAUAAUAUAUAAUUUAAGAAUAGAAAAGGAUAAAUAGAGUUUGAAAUGUGAUAACCGUUAUUGAUUUAUAACGCAUACUUUACCUAUAUUUCUAAAUGAACCCUCAAAUGCUUGUGUUUUUAAGAUGUGCAAAUUGUGUGUUUAAGAUAUACAGAUUGUGUUUUUAAGAUUUACAAAGUAUAAGAUAUAGUGUUUGCUGACAUACCGAGUUACAUAUACGAUCUAUAUAACAUUAAUCUAAAGUCACCCUGCCGUAAUCGGGAACCUAAUUGUCCACAUCAAGCGACAGCCUUUCCUUGUCACAGUGAGAUCGAAGAAUGUUAUUCAUUCAUAAUAUUAAUUUACUACACGUGUACGUCACAGCGGUCAGACCCUCUUGCUUAUAUCGAUCUUUCACCAGUUGAGCUGAUUUGAUAAUUGUUUCCAUUUGUAUGGUCUUGUUUUAUAUAGUUAUGUGAGUUUCUAACCAUUAUAUAAUUGUGUAUAUAUCGUUUGAUCUGUUGAAAGCAAAUAUUUUUUCUCGAACUACAUUUAAAUUUAAAAAGACAUCCAGAGUCAUUGUUGAAAACGGACAGACAGGGGAGGGGAGAUAAACAGGUAUAAAAUUAUCCACAAUUCGCUGUCUUGAGAUAAUCACGCUUUUGAUGACCGGUAACUACAAAUGUAGUACGAUUUCAUAGAUUUUUUUGUCUGUAAGUAGCAGUCUGUCUAUAAAAACCGUCUGUGUAUGAUAAACACAAAACGAAUACUGGCACAUUUUCUCUACUAUUAGAACUGUUAGUUCUGCAGCUAGCUUUCGAACAAUAUUGCUGGUAAUAGACAACUAUUUAACCGGAGAUAAAUUAGCAUUAACUUGUCAUGUUAACAGGCCAACUUCCAUCGCGAGUUAGCUCCCUUUAAGCAAUUUAUCUCGCUUCAUCACCAUGACAAGACAUUGAAUUAUAACUAAUACUGACACAACGCUUACUAUCUAACAAAACACAAGUCAUUUGUAUUUGAAAACUUUAGCAAACAGACAUGGUUAGAAUGCUUUCACACAUUUUGCCAUACAUUUUAAUACAACUGUACAUAUAACACAAACGGAACACGACUACAAUCAUGUUCACAGUAUUCCGUCUUUGCGUAUUGCAGAGUUAUCUUCUCUUGUUACUGAAAUUACAAAAAAGCAAACUAAUUUUUCUGUUUACUGUUUUAUUCUAUAGUUUGUUAUAUAUGAAUUGAUACCCUAUGUAUUAAAGUAUUAGCUGAUCCGUCCAGAUAAUUUUCCAUGUAACAGCUUAUUUAGAUCGAUGACCAUUCGUAUGAUUAUAUAUUGCCGUCCAUUUUUGUUUAAUUGUAUAUUGCCCAUUGUUUUGCUUAUUACGUUUUACCGUUCGUUCUGGCUUAUUUAUGUACAACCGUCCAUUCCUCUUUAAACAUAUUCUACCGUCCAUUCCUCUUUACUUGUGUACUACCGUACAUUUCUUUUUAAUUAUGUACUACCGUCCAUUCCUCUUUAAUUAUGGACAACCGUCCAUUCCUCUUUAAUUGUGUACUACCGCCUAUUUCUUUUUAGUUAUUUACUUCCGUCCAUUCCUCUUUAAUUGUGCACAACCGUCCAUUUCUCUAUAAUUGUGUACUACCGUCCAUUCCUUUUUUAAUUAUAUUCUACCGUCCAUUCCUCUUUAAUUAUGUACUACCGUCCAUUCCUCUUUAAUUAUAUUCUACCGUCCAUUACUCUUUAAUUAUAUUCUACCGUCCAUUCCUCUUUAAUUAUGUAUGUAUUUCGGUCCAUUCAUAAAAAGUAUUACUAAUGUAAUAAUGUUCAUUCCGCUUUUGAUUAAUUACCGAACUUUUUGUAUCCGUAACGAAGAUAAGUUGUAGAUAAUGUGAGAGUUUUUUUAAAAAAACAUCCUACUACUCUUGAUUGAUCACAUAAGCGAAGAUACGGUCUUUUAAUUCCAACAUUGUCAAUAAAUGUAUGUGCUGACAAUCGGUAACAUCUUUUUAUAUGACGUUUUCUUUGUAAUGUAAUACAGUAAACCUAUCAACGAUUCAAACUUGUGGGAAAACUUAUUCUGUAUUAGUCGAGUUCAUGAUUUAUCUCGGAACACCUCCGGAUCUUGUGUUUUCUUUGUAAUGUAAUACAGUAAACCUGUUAACGAUUCAAACUUAUUCUGUAUUAGUCGAGUUCACGAUUUAUCUCAGAACACCUCUGGAUCUUGUGUUUUCUUUGUAAUGUAAUACAGUAAACCUGCUAACGAUUCAAACUUAUUCUGUAUUAGUCGAGUUCAUGAUUUAUCUCGGAACACCUCUGGAUCUUGUGUUUUCUUUGUGAUAUGAUUUUGUGGGUGAUACUGAUGUGCCAAAAUCAUUAGUUAUAGCAGUAUGUAUAUAUUCAGGAGAAAUAAAAUCAAUAGAAAUAGA